GGCUGUGCGGGCACUACAGAGGUGCCAAGUGUGCGUGAGGCAGGCCCUCUAUUGCCAGGCUGGAAGUGCGGAGUGAUAUCUGGCCGUCACACGUAGUCUGUGGCCUGUGCGGCACUUUAUUGUCGCUCCUGUGGAGGAUCGGCUGUUCUUAUACGUGGCUGGAUUAGCUAGUCACAUUCCUACAGAGAGAAUUAUUGCGUAAUUUUGCGACCAGGCAAGAUGCAGAGCACUGCAAAUUAUCUAUGGCUACUCUCGGAUAUCUUGGGACAAGGAGCCACGGCCAAUGUGUUUCGUGGUCGCAAUAAGAAAACAGGAGAUCUGUUUGCAGUAAAAGUGUUCAACAGUCUAAGCUUCCUUCGCCCUGCGGAUGUUCAAACAAGGGAGUUUGAAGUGCUAAAAAAGCUCAACCACAAGAACAUUGUCAAGCUCUUUGCAAUUGAGGAAGAGAUGUCAGGUCGCCAUAAAGUGCUGGUUAUGGAGUAUUGCCCAUGUGCAAGCUUGUACUCCGUGCUUGAAGAACCCUCAAAUGCAUAUGGAUUACCAGAGUCAGAGUUUCUCAUUGUUUCCCGGGAUGUGGUGGCAGGAAUGAACCAUCUCAGAGAAAAUGGAAUAAUACACCGAGACAUCAAGCCGGGAAAUAUUAUGCGGGUCAUUGGAGAAGACGGGCAGUCAGUUUAUAAGCUGACUGACUUUGGUGCAGCCAGGGAAUUAGAGGAUGAUGAGCAGUUUGUUUCUCUGUAUGGCACUGAAGAAUAUUUGCACCCAGACAUGUAUGAGCGUGCCGUGCUUAGAAAAGACCACCAGAAGAAGUAUGGGGCCACCGUGGAUUUGUGGAGCAUUGGAGUUACAUUCUACCAUGCAGCAACUGGCAGUCUUCCCUUCAGACCUUUUGAGGGUCCUCGUCGUAACAAAGAAGUCAUGUAUAAAAUUAUUACUGGGAAACCAUCAGGGGCAAUAUCAGGUGUCCAGAGAGCUGAAAAUGGUCCUAUAGAGUGGAGUUGGGAUCUACCCCUUAGUUGUAAUUUGUCCUUUGGCCUACAAUCUCUUUUUGCUCCAGUACUGGCAAAUAUUCUGGAAGCCGACCAGGAGAAGUGUUGGGGCUUUGACCAGUUCUUUGCUGUGACUAAUGAUGUUUUCCACCAAAUUGUCAUCCAUGUCUUUUCUCUUCAGCAAAUGACACACCACAAGAUAUACAUUCAUGCUUAUGAUAAGCCUGCAGAGUUUCAUGACUUGGUGUACAAACAGACAAACAUCCAAUGUCCGAACCAGGAACUGCUCUAUGAAGGCAGAAGAUUAGUUUUAGAGCCUGGCAGACUAGCGCAGCACUUUCCUGCAACUACAGAAGAAAAUCCAAUCUUUGUGAUAACGAGGGAGAUGAUGACAGUUAUUGGUCUACAGUAUGAGAAAAUAUUGAUCCCUAAACCUCACUCACAUUAUGACUUGGACAUUGAUGCAAACAUGGCCAAGGCAGUAACUGGGGUUGUGUGCUACUACUGUCGUAUUGCCUUAUCAAUGCUGCUCACACAGGAACUGACACGGAAAGGAAUUUCUUGGCUCAUUGAAAUAAUAAAGGAUGAGUAUAAUGAGACUGUUCACAAGAAUACAGAAGUCACUCUGAAAUUUAACUUCUGCAACAGAACCAUUGAAAAAGACCUUAAGACAUAUGAACAUAUGAUGCAGAUGAGCGUGGAGUCAGACAUAUAUGAAAUACAUUCCAAGCUGCUACGGCUCUCUAGUUCUCAGCAAAAUCUGGAAACAUCGCUGCGGGAAAUCAAGAAUGACCUAUCUCCUGGGGGUGGUCUUACUGACUCCUGGAUUAAUGUUGAAGGCACACGCCCCAGUGACAGGAAUGUGGAAAAGAUGCAAGUGUUGCUCAACUUGAUCACUGAAAUCAGCUGUCAGUUCAAGAAGGAUAAAGCACAGCGCAGACUUCCAUACAAUGAAGAACAAAUACACAAGUUUGACAAGCAGAAACUGUGCAUUCAUGCAACAAAAGCCUACACCCUGUUCCAAGAUGAAUGUGUUAGCAAGUAUGAAUGCUUCCACAGCAAAUCCCAGGAGUGGAUGAGGAAGAUGAUGCUCUUAAGAAAAAAGCUGAUCACCCUCAAGAAUCAGUGUUUUGACAUUGCAGAGGAAGUGUCAAAGUGCCAGCAUUACAUUAAUGAGUAUCAAGAAAACAUGCCUCAAAAAAUGUUUGCUAAUCCUGGGGGAAUAAAGCCAACAGUAAACCCAAUCUACACAAGCCCUAACACUUUGGUGGAAAUGACCCUUGGAAUGCGGAAAUUAAAAGAAGAGAUGGAAGGAGUUGUCAAAGAGCUGUCGGAAAAUAACCACAUCUUGGAAAGAUUUGGGGCUUUGACCAUGGAUGGUGGCUUUCGAAAUGUGGAUUGCAUAUAGUCUGCUAUUCGGAAUGUGUUGAUCAACCAAUAGCCUCAUGUGGCAUUUCUUUGGACCUUAACCCUUGCCUGCUUCCUUUCCUGUAAUUUCAGUGCCAGAGAUAUAUGUAUAUAUGUACUAUAAUGUGAAUAUAUGGCAGUGUUUGGGUUCAUUCAUUUAAUUUAGGCCUCAUGCACACGACAGUGUUUUUUUUUUUUUUUUAUUGUCAGUGAUUUGGCUUCAGUGGUCAGUGUCCGAUUUUGCUUCAGUUGUGUUUCCUUGUGUCUUCUUUUUUUUUG